AGGCAGCCAGGCCUCAGCUGUGGACUCUUCCGCCUCUCGGGUGGCUCUAUUGGCUCUGGCCCCGCAAGGGUGGGCUCCAUUGGCUGCCCAGCUGGCACUGACGUCCCCUCGGAGCCGGGUGGCAGUCGGAGGUAAAUAGCCAUGUGCUAUCCUCCUCUCUAUAUUUAACAGCUGCUACAGAGAAGGUGGCGGCUCUUGUCUUCUGGGAGAAGGCCCUUGGAACUGGGCUGGGACUGGCCUUCUCAGAGUGAGUGAGGUCACCAUGCCAGCUUCCCAGAGCCGGGCCCGUGCCAGAGACCGCAACAAUGUCCUCAACCGGGCUGAGUUCCUGUCCCUGAACCAGCCCCCCAAGGGGACCCAGGAGCCCAGAAGCUCAGGUAGGAAGGCCUCAGGGCCCUCGACACAGCCCCCACCCUCCAGCGAUGGGGCCCGGGAGCGUCGCCAGUCGCAGCAGCUGCCGGAGGAGGACUGCAUGCAGCUGAACCCCUCAUUCAAGGGCAUCGCCUUCAACUCCCUCCUGGCCAUUGACAUCUGCAUGUCCAAGCGACUGGGGGUGUGUGCCGGCCGGGCUGCAUCCUGGGCCAGUGCCCGCUCCAUGGUCAAGCUCAUUGGCAUCACAGGCCAUGGCAUCCCUUGGAUCGGGGGCACCAUUCUCUGCCUGGUGAGAAGCAGCACCCUUGCAGGCCAGGAGGUGCUCAUGAACCUGCUACUAGCCCUGCUCUUGGACAUCAUGACGGUGGCUGGGGUACAGAAGCUCAUCAAGCGCCGUGGCCCAUAUGAGACAAGCCCUGGACUGCUGGACUACCUCACUAUGGACAUCUACGCCUUCCCUGCUGGCCAUGCUAGCCGUGCCGCCAUGGUCUCCAAGUUCUUCCUGAGUCACCUGGUGCUGGCGGUGCCCCUGCGCGUGCUGCUGGUGCUCUGGGCCUUCUGCGUGGGCCUGUCGCGGGUGAUGAUCGGACGCCACCAUAUCACAGACGUCAUCUCGGGCUUCAUCAUUGGCUACUUCCAGUUCCGCCUGGUGGAGCUCAUGUGGCUGUCCUCCAACACCUGCCAGAUGCUCAUCUCUGCCUGGUGAACCAGGCUCUGGGCAGAGCUGGUCCCACAGAGGUGGCUAGAAGUGUCUCACUGGGGAUGGACUGAUUCGACUUCCCCAUCCUGGUUGGAGGCUGGCUUGUUAGUCCUGUGGACUUCCUGUCUCUGUCACUUGGACUCUGAGGCAACCAGGAUGACUUCCAUGGAUUGUCAUGCUCAGCCUCCAGUCUUUGUCUGGAGAUAACAGACAAGAACCAAAUGGCCAUAGAAGGGGCAGAGCUUGUCCCCUCGUCACCGUGACAGCAGUCAUACUGUGCUGCCAGUGAAACAGCCUCAGCUCUGACCCAGCAGAGGUGCCGAUCCAUCAGUGGUCACAGCUCAGGGGGCCUGGGGGCCCAGCCUGCAAGAUCCUUCUCGGGGAAAGGCUCUUGUGGUCCAGUGCAUUUGGGGAAGUACUGCACGCUGCCCCCACAGUAGAUGUUCACAAAACAUAGAUUGUUUGUAAAGGCACUGAUGUGUCCUAUACAAAAACCAGCUGUUCAGGUUGUGUUUAGCUCAGUGGUUCCUAAGCGCAUUUGACCAUAGGAACCUUUUCUUCAGGAAUAGCUAUUGACCCGCCGAGAACCUCGUGAGUUUGAGAAGCUGCUGCCCAGGAGCCAGAGGGCCCAGCCAUGAGCUGGUCUCUCUCACAACACACAGCUCUGAAGCCUGAGGAAAGCAAGUGCCUGUGCCAAGGCCUACAGAAGGCUCUUGCUCAGUCUCUGGGCACUGGCACAGCUUUGGUCCCCAGGGGCCGGGCCCUGUGUGACCUAGUAGGUCGUUUCCAAGUCAGCCACUUAUGGACUGCGCAUUUCAGGUGACAAUACAGUGAUAUGCAAAGG